GGAAGACUGCAUAUAGUAGACCUUUAUGGUCAGGUCCUUUUUCGAACCCCGCACAUGUGGGAGCUUACGCUGUCUUUUCAUCGCGUGCUUUGUCUGUAGUCUAAAAACUCAAUAAUUGGAUUUCGCUUUUUCUUUUUGGAUUGAUUUGCAGUAGUGUGAAACAUAUAAUGAAUACUACUACUAUUUCUAAGUCGUCCGGAGUGAGGAAAGGUGCAUGGACCGAAGAAGAAGAUCUUCUCUUGAGAAGAUGUGUUGAAAUGUAUGGAGAAGGAAAGUGGCAUAAAGUUCCUAUUAGAGCUGGUCUGAAUAGAUGCAGGAAAAGUUGCAGACUGAGGUGGCUGAAUUAUCUAAGACCACAUAUAAAGAGAGGUGACUUCUCUUCGGAUGAAAUAGAUCUCAUUCUGAGGCUUCAUAAGCUUCUCGGCAACAGAUGGUCACUUAUUGCGGGUAGACUUCCGGGAAGAACAGCAAACGAUGUGAAAAACUACUGGAACACUCACCUUCAGAGGAAGUUAAUUCCUCUUCAGCGACAAGAUAGAAAGUGCAGAGUCCUAAAGAUAACCGAGAACACCAUUGUUAGACCUCGACCUCGGACCUUCUCAAGUGCAAAAAAUGUUUCUUUGUGCAGCAACAAAAGUAUAACAAAAACUAUACACAAGGAAGAUGGCAGCAAAGAAAAUAAUAUUUGUGAGAAGCCGAUAGGCGACGCACCGACAGACCAUGGAAUUCAAUGGUGGACUAGUUUAUUAGAUAACUGUAAUGAAAUUGAGGAAGCAGCAGCAGUUGGGAGCAUCAACUUAGAGGAAAAUAAUAAGUUGCUAAGUUUAUUGCAUGAGGAAAUAUCACCACCUAUAAAUGGUGUCAGCAACUGCAUGCAAGAAGGACAAAGUGGUAAUUGGGAUGACUUUUCUGUUGAUAUUGACCUAUGGGAUCUACUUAAUUAGCUUAGGUUUAAUAAAUGGUAUGGUAAACUUGUAAUAGGGAUACAUUCUGAGAUGUUUGUACUUUGUAUCUGAUCACGCCCAACUAUGCCUUAUAAAAAGGACAAUGAGGUCGCU